AUGUCAGAAAUAAAAAAGGAAAACAAGAGUGUUGAGACACAAAAGAGCUGCACGUCGAAUUUACCGCCUGUUGUUGACGAGGACGAAAUUAACAAUAAACUUAAGGAUCGUUUAAGAAAAUACAUUAAGAAGUUAGACAAGUCAGGAACAAGCAUAACCAAUGAAGAGAGUGACAAAAUUGAAGUCGAGACUUUCAAACAACUAUAUAAACCAAAAUUUGAUGGUAUUGAAGAAACUUAUAAAAAAGUUCCAAAAUUUUACUUUAAACUUCCUCGAUCUGAUGAUAUGCUAUCACAGAAGUUAAGAGAGGAGACCCGAGCUCAGUUUCUUCAAAAGAAAAGUAAAGAGUUACUUGACAAUGGGGAAUUGAAACAUUUAUGGAGUUUGCUUGAGAAAUCAAAUGGGAGUUACAGUAUGUCAAACAGUGAUGAGCUGACUAUUGAUUAUUUACAGUAUAGGAAAAUAAGGGAUGAAGCAGGGCCUAAAUAUAGGCCCUACUUCACCGCUGAGAUAUUUGGCCGUCUUCAAGCAGCAGAAGGUGGUAUAGGACGGGUUAGAGGUGUGUCCCUGUUCAACUAUGUCAUGAGACGUGUUUGGUUACAGCAGACUAGAAUAGGACUAUCUUUGUAUGAUGUCACUGGACAGGGAUAUCUCACUGAACAUGACCUAGAGAGCUAUAUAGCUGAGUUAGUCCCAUCUCUAGCAGCCCUAGAUGGUCUAGACUCAUCAUUCACAUCAUUCUAUGUAUGCACAGCGGCAAGAAAGUUUCUCUUCUUUUUGGACCCACUGCGAGUUGGAAGAGUAAGGAUACGAGAUGUGCUUUCUUGCUCUUUUCUUGAUGAUUUACUAGAGUUAAGAGAAGAAGACCUACCAAUGGAGCUCCAGGAACAAAACUGGUUCAGUGCAGCAUCAGCUCUCCGUGUGUAUGGACAAUAUCUUAAUCUGGACAGAGAUCAUAAUGGGAUGUUGAGUAUUAAUGAACUAGCUGGCUAUGGUUCAGGAACCUUGACUCGAGCGUUCCUCCAAAGAGUUUUCCAGCAAUGCCUAACCUACGAUGGGGAGAUUGACUACAAGACUUAUCUAGAUCUAGUCCUAGCUCUGGAGAACAGACGCCAGCCGGCAGCCCUAGCAUACCUGUUUAGAGUACUAGACAUCAAUUCUCAAGGAUUUCUUGAUGCGUUUACCUUGAAUUAUUUCUUUAAGGCGAUUCAAGAGCAAAUGAUAGCCCACGGCGCAGAUCCUGUAAAUUUCGAUGACGUGAAAGACGAAAUCUUUGACAUGAUCAGACCAGAGGAUCCAUCCAAAAUAACUCUGCAAGAUUUAGUUAGAAGUGGUCAGGGGCACACGGCCGUGUCCAUACUGCUGGAACUUCACGGAUUCUGGGCUUACGAGAACCGGGAAGCUUUAGCUGCUGCAGGAGAUCAUUCCUGA